UAACUUUCAAUCAGUGAUAAGCUGUUAAGAGGCCGAUGAUGAUUAGGACGACGGCCCUGGUGUGUGUGCUGCUGGUCCUCGCCUCCUCCUGCUCGAGGGCCAGCAAUGCUCGGGUGUCGGAGCUGGCCACGGAUUUCGGGAUGAGGGUUUUCCAGGAGAUCCUGCAGGCGAACGGGGACCGGAAUGUUCUCUUCUCCCCCUAUGGAAUGUCCUCGCUGAUGGGAAUGGUCCAGCUGGGAGCCUCGGGCCACACCCUGGAGCAGCUCCAGGAUGUCAUGGGCUACAAGCUGCAAGAGCAAGGCAUCCCCACUGCCAUCAGGCAGCUACAGAAGGACAUCACGGCCAAAUCUAACCAGGACAUCGUGCACUCGGCCAACGCCAUGUUCAUCCAGAGAAACAUGACGCUGACCAGAGGCUUUGUCAAGAGCUGCCGCCGGGCUUUCCACAGCCGCCCAAAGCAAGUCUUCUUCCAGAAUCCCAAGCUGGCCACUCACAUCAUCAACAAGUGGGUCCAAGCCCAGACUAGAGAUAUGAUCGUGGAUUUCCUGAAGCCGGGAAUGCUGAACUCUGGGCUAACACGGAUGGUGCUGGGAAACGCUCUGUACUUUAAGGGGGUUUGGAAGCUGCCAUUCCCCGAGGAGGGAACCCACGUGCGGGCGUUUCACCGGGAAGACGGCAGUGACGUCGCUGUGACUAUGAUGAUGCAAACAGCACAGCUCAAUGUCGGGGAGUUUGUCAGCCCGGGGGGGGUAUAUUAUGAUGUGGUGGAGCUGCCCUAUGGGGACGAGAGACUCAGUAUGCUGCUGGCCGCACCAUGCCGUCGCCGGGAGCCACUCUCCACCAUCACAAACAUCCUCACCUCCCACCUCAUCACCACCUGGACUCAAAGCAUGAAGCGUGUCACACGCCAACUAGUCCUCCCCAGGUUUUCCCUGGAGAGCGAGACUGAUCUCAAGGCUUCACUGCGGGAAAUGGGAGUGACUGACAUGUUUGACAUUGGGAAAGCCAACUUUGCUGAGAUCAGCAAAACUGAAGGACUUUUUGUGUCAAAAGCACUACAGAAAGUGAGGGUGGAGGUGAACGAAAGUGGAACCAAGGCUUCAUCUGCUACCGCUGCUAUCCUAUACGCACGGAUGGCUCCUUUGGAAGUGGUGCUGGACAGACCGUUCCUCUUCUUCAUCAGACACAACCCCACAGGCGCUGUGUUGUUCUCUGGCCAAGUCAUGGAGCCCUAGACGCAGGCUGUCUCCACAGGGAACGUUCAGCAGUGGCUGGACACUGGGGGGGACGUGGACCAGAACUGAGCGGGAAAAUCAUCUGUCAAGAAAGGCCUGCAGGCAUCGAUUUCAGCAGAUUGGACGCUCUCUGUUCUCUGCCUUCCCUAUGUCCCUUGUCUGCUCUGGAUCUCAGUCCACGAUCCUUCUCUGCCUCUCAGGCUCGGCUAACUGGUUUCCCUGCAGCUGUCUACCUCUCGCUCACUCACACAAGCACACACUGUAUAUUAAGUGAACUUUAUACAGAGAUGGUUCCCAGUUCAUCACACUCCCUCCACUCACACACAUUUAUACACACAAACACACACACACACACGGCUUUGUGGCUAGUCUGUUUUCAGAGUACAAAAUGCACAGUCACUACACUGUCUCCUGUGAAGUGCUUCGAGACGUCUCGACCACGUGACGAGGCACUGCCUCAAAUGCAAAGAUCACAAGGAUUAAUUAUUAAAAAGUUCCUGUCUCAAAAACUGGAAGCUUCACACACUCGACAGUUCCACCAUGUUACAACCCGACAGGUCAACAAAGCCACCAUCUCGGGGCGAGUCAGCAGGUUGUGGGUUCGAGUCAGUCUAGGCUGAGGUCUGAGCGCAGGGCUGGGGAGAAAGAGAGAGAGCGGGACAUUGUCAGAGAUGUUAUACCUCACCCUCUCCCUCUGCGCCUUGUUUGGGAGGAUGUUAAAGAUCUCCUGUGGUGGUUGGGGAAAAACGGGAGUUUCUCUCUCGCUCUCUCCCGGCUGACAAUCUCCCAGAUAAAAUCACUCGCUCACUUCACAGCUGGUGGUGGGACGUCGCUGUGAAUCCUGUGAAAGGCUUAGAGACAUCUUCCUGAUGCGAAAGGUGCUGUGUAAAAUGCCAGGAUUAUUAUUACUAGCCAAUCCGUCCUUCCUCCAUCUAUAUUGUGGGCUGAACUGUCUCUUAACUUACAUUUCUACCUUGGUCGUGCACUGAUAUAGCCUAAGAAAGCUUCUCUCUUACAAAACGUUGCGGUUAAUAUAUUUUUGAAUGCAUUUAAUUUAUUUUUAGAAAGCUAUAUCGAUGUGUGACUGAAUGACUGAAAAUGCAAUGAAAUUCCAAAUGGGUGUGUAACAUUGGUGAUAAUAAACGGUCCCAGGAAUCUU